AUGGAUAUGAAUUCCAAUAUUGACAAUUUCACUCAUAUUAACAAAGGAUUUACUGGCACGUGGGUGGAAUUUAUCAGGAUUAAGUUCACUCGUUAUCCUCAGGACCUCCCUGAAAUCAUUUUAAUAAUACCUUUGAUCUGCACAAUUGGAGCAUUUUUGAACCUACACUUGAAAGACUUUCCAAUUCCACUCCCUGUGAUAUUAUUUUUAAUGGGAUGCAGUUUUGAAAUAUUAAGUUUUACAUCAGACAAGGUCCAAAAAUAUUCAGAUGCCAUACAAUGGAUGGAUGAAAAUCUUUAUUUUGAUUUAUUUACACCAGUAAUUGUCUUUAAUGUUGCAUUUGAUAUGGAUGUUUACAUGCUCCACAAGCUAUUUUGGCAGAUAGUUUUAAUUACAAUUCCUGGAUUUUUCAUCAAUUAUAUCUUAAUUCUUUGGUAUCUGGCAUCUGUGGAUAAAUUAAAUUUGAAAACAAUCUCAUGGUUAUUAUUUGCUGUUAUCCUUGUGAGUUCAGAUCCCAUGCUGACUGUAGCUGCUAUAAGAGACCUUGGUUUUUCUAGAGGUCUAAUUAAUUUAAUUAAUGGAGAAAGUCUGAUGACCUCUACAAUGUCUUUUGUUAUGUUUAAAAGUAUUGUGGAUAUUAACUCAAACCAGAAGUAUAUGAACCAUUCCUUAGCACAUACCAUCAUGGAUCAAAUAAUGUCAUAUUGUGGAGCAAGUUUCUUGGUUGGAAUUUUUAGUUCAAAACUGAUUCAGUUGUGGAUGUCUACUGUUUUUGGUGAUGAUAUCAAUCAUAUAAGUCUCAGCUUUUCAAUCCUGUACUUCAUCUUUUUUAUAUGUAAACAAGUUGGAAUGUCUGGAAUUGUUACACUGGCUACCAUGGGACUUUUUUUAAAUUCUAUAAGUUUUAAACCAGGAGUUGAAGCACUACUUCUCGAAUUCUGGAGUUGUCUAUCAUUUGUGGCUUUUCUUAUGGUGUUUACUUUCAUUGGACUUCUAAUUCCUGCACAUACGUAUUUAUACAUAUCAUUUUCAGAUAUAUACUAUUCAUUAAAUAUCUACUUCACACUUAUUGUUUUAAGACUUCUGGUCCUUCUAUUCUUGAGCCCUCUUUUGUCUCGACUUGCUGAUGGAUUCAGCUGGCGCUGGGCAUUCAUAAUGGUCUGGAGUGAAAUGAAAGGGGUGCCUAAUAUAAACAUGGCCCUUCUAUUCGCCUACUCUGACCUUCCUUUUGGAAGUGAGAGGGAAAAAUCGCAAAUAUUAUUUCAUGGAGUGUUAGUAUGCAUAAUUACCCUGAUUAUCAAUAAAAUUGUCUUGCCGAUGGUAGUUAGUAAACUAGGUCUUCAUGAUGUCACAUCAACAAAAUAUAAAUCACUUUAUUAUACAUUUCAACACUUUCAAGAGAUAACUAAAUCUGCAGCCUCCGCACUCAAAUUUGACAAAGAUCUUGCAAAUGCAGAUUGGAGCAUGGUUGAGACAGCAAUUAUAUUUCAAAACCCAUAUGCACUGAGCCAAGGAGAAACAACAGAACAUCAAAAGGUGAACUGUCCAAAAUGUAACAAGGAAAUAGAUGAGACCCUUAACAUUGAAGCAAUGGAGCUGGCCAACAGGCGUCUCUUGUCUGCACAAAUAGCAAGCUACCAGAGACAAUACAGAAAUGAGACUCUGUCCCAGAGUGCAGUCCAGAUGCUGGUAGGUGCAGCAGGAAGCUUUGGUGAGAAGGGAGAAUAUAUGAGUCCUGAAACAAUAAAAAAUUAUUCUGAAAGCAAAAAAAUGAUUACCUUUGUUAGAAAAAUAUUGAUGAAUUGGGUGUACAAUACUAAAAAGGAAAAAGGACUCCCAUCAAGACAUUAUUUUCUUCGUAUGACCCAUAAAAUAGUAUUUACUGAUGAAUUUGAGUAUAUUGGAUACAUUGUGAUACUAAUGAAUAUGUUCCUUAUUGUAAUUUCUUGGGUACCCACAUUAGAAGAGAUCUAUCAUACUGAAAUAAGACACUGUUCCUACUUUUUUCUUGCAUUGUACAUCCUGGAGACCCUAGUUAAGAUAGCAGCAAUGAGGAAGGAAUAUUAUUUACAGACCUGGAACCUAACUGAAUUAGCAAUUACAUUAGUUGGAAUCCUGGAGCUUAUACUAUUUGAGACACAAGUUAUUAGUGAAACUUUCAAUUUGGAUCCAUUAGAGGCCUUUUUUAGAUCUAUUCAACUUCUUCGCAUACUACGUGUUUUGAAGCUCAUAACACCAAAGUUGCUGCAAUUUUUAGAUAAAAGGAUGAGUCACCAGCUGUCCUAUAGGUAUGCUAUACUAAAAGGAUAUGUCCAAGGUGAAGCAGACAUAAUGACUAUAAUUGAUCAGAUUGCAAGUUCUAAACAGGUUAAACAGAUGUUAUUAAGGAGGAUAACAAGGAAUACGGUACAUGCCAUGAAAGAGUUAGGCUACUUAGAGUAUGAUCACCCAGAAAUUGCUGUCACUAUGAAAACAAAGGAAGAGAUUAAUGUCAUGCUCAGUUUGGCUAGAGAAAUUGUUAGGGUUUUCAGGUUAAAAGGAAUUCUUCAUAAAAUUGAAGCUUCUGAAAUUAACAAGUUAAUAACGGCCAAAAAAAGAGACUUACUUGAUUUUCAACCUGUCAUCAAGCCACUUACUAUUGGUCAAGCUCUUUACCAUAUUCCAUGGCUAGAUAAAAACAAAGACUAUAUAACAUUUAUUCAGGAAAGAGCCAAAUUUGUAACAUUCGACUGUGGAAAUGAUAUAUUUGAAGAAGGUGAUGAACCCUCAGGAAUUUAUGUAAUUAUUUCAGGCAUGAUAAAGCUUCAAAAAUCAAAACCAGUCUUGGUAACCGAUGAAAUGCUCUCUGAGUCGGAGGAAAAAGAGCAUCAGAUAACUUUCACAGACUAUGUGAUCAGUGGAGAAAUAAUAGGAGAGCUAAACUGUUUAACUAAUCAACCCAUGAAAUAUUCUGCCACCUGCAAAACUGUAGUGGAGAUAUGUUUUAUUUCCAAAAAUCACUUGUAUGAAGCUUUUGAAAAAUGCUGUCCUCACAUUGAAUAUAAAAUGUGGCUAAAACUUGGACUUUCUAUUACUGCCAAAAAAAUCAGAGAACAUUUAUCUUAUGAGGAUUGGAACUACAAGAUGCAAUUAAAGCUCUGUAAUGUUUAUAUAAGAGACAUACCAAAGAACACCAAGAGUGAUAUCUAUGAUGAAACUGUAAUUUAUGUCAUUCUCAUACAUGGAGCUGUAGAAGACUGUCAUUUACGAAAAGUUUAUACAGCACCUUUCUUAAUUCCUAUAACAUGUCAUCAGAUACAAGGCACUGAAGAUUUCACAAAGGUAAUGAUUGUUCAGACUCCAAUUGAUGUAAAAAAAUUCAGAUGGAGCACUAGAAAGUAUUUGUCUUCACGUCAAAUUUCUAGUCCAGCAGCAUCAUUGUGUGAGUAUGUGUGA